AUGUUGCCAGUGUCAAUAAGUGAGAAUAAUAGACGACCGGGCUCAAGGAACAACAUGAUGAACGGUGGUAUUGGGAGCGCUGUUGCUGCUCCGGUGUGGGAGGGAUCCGUGGGACGUGGCUUGCCCAAGGCAGAUGUUGCAACAUCGGCCACCCCGACCAGAAAUGCGCCCGCGUUAGCAGCAGCAGCAGCAGCGGUACAGCAAAUGCGGUCCCCCACUGUGACAACGCACCAGCCGUACCGUGGGGUACCGCCCUCUAUGUUUGGGGUAGAGUCUGAGCUUGAGGGGUAUACGGGUAUUAACAUGGAGAACCUUGUCACCGUCAAGGCGGCGUACAAAACAGGCAUUGCGCGAUCAUCCGGUCCCAUUGCAUCAGGCCACGCCUCGUCGGUUUUGCAUCGCUUUUCGCAGCGAUCCCCUAUCGCCGCCCUUGACAGCAACGGCCCCCAAGUGGGCCCAAUUGGUGGUCUCUGCGGGACAGCGGUGGCUUCAAUGUCAACACAAAGCACAAUGAAUGGCAAUGGACCCACCAGUACUGUGCCCCCCGCGGCUGCGGCGGUAUCAGUAGCAGCAGCCAAUCGUAAUAUUCCAGCGCGUGUGGGAAUAAAUAACAAGCGCAUGUCGAGUAUUGAUUUAGUCGAACGAUCCGGUGGGGACGGAAAUAAUACAGGUGCCGAUAUUUACCGAUGUCCCGUCGCUUUACGGAUCAUUGAGACUGAGGAAAAACAUUUGAAUUACACGGGCGUGGAACUUUAUGCAUCAGAAAUAAAUAUGGGGGAGACGGCAGAGCGUGAGCGGCGUCUUCAGCAGCGACAGCGCCAGGUGCAGUAUGGCAAGGAGACUCUGGGGUAUAGUAACUAUCUUCGAGCUGUGCCAUCUCGCUGUGAUCGUGAGUUCCGUAACCCAAUGCACCCCAUAACACCACGUCCUGAAUACGACUGUAGUAAACGCACAUUUGACAGAUAUUUAAAUGUCUGGCGACGACAACUGCAUCUCUGGGAUGAUUAUGAUCCCAAUAAUCUGGAGCCGCAGUAUGUUCGCAUAGGCAUUCCCACCUUGCGGGCUCUGGGCUUGGAGUUGCCACCAAGCACACCGGAAGGUCAACAAAACGCACUAAUUUCUUUUACAUCUAUAAAUGCAGUAGGUGGUGCAUCUGCGUAUAC